GAGGGAGGACAGCUGCCCGAGACCCUGACUGAGAUGUACAUCCACUUCCUGGUGGUUCAGACCAAACUGAAGAACGUCAAGUAUGACGGAGGAGCUGAGACAGAUCCACACUGGAGUCCAGAGAGCAGGAAGAUGAUGGAGUCUCUGGGAAAACUGGCUUUUGAGCAGCUGCAGAAAGGAAACCUGAUCUUCUACGAGUCCGACCUGACAGAGUGUGGCAUCGAUAUCAGAGCAGCCUCAGUGUACUCAGGAGUGUUCACACAGGUCUUUAAAGAGGAGAGAGGACUGUACCAGGACAAGGUCUUCUGCUUCGUCCAUCUGAGUGUUCAGGAGUUUCUGGCUGCUCUUCAUGUCCAUCUGAUGUUCUUUAACUCUGGAGUCAAUCUGCUAUCAGAAAAAAAAUCAACUUCCCGGUGGUCUCUAUGGUUAAAAAUCAGACCUGAGCUCCUCUACCAGAGUGCUGUGGACAAGGCCUUACAGAGUCCAAAUGGACACCUGGAUCUGUUCCUCCGCUUCCUCCUGGGUCUGUCACUGGAGACCAAUCAGAAACACCUACAAGGUCUGCUGACAAACACAAGCAGCUCACAGGCCAAACAAGAAACAGCCGAGUACAUUAAGAAGAAGAUCAAUGAGAACCUGUCUGCAGACAGGAGCAUCAAUCUGCUCCACUGUCUGAAUGAACUGAAUUGUUGUUGUCUAGCGGAGAUCCAACAGUCCCUGAAUUCAGGAUGUUUGUCCAUGUGUGAACUGUCUCCUGUUCAGUGGUCAGCUAUAUGCUUCAUUUUGCUGUCUGUAGAAGAAGAGCUGGACAUGUUUGACGUCAACAAGUACUCACCUUCAGAGGAGGCUCUUCUGAGGCUGCUGCCAGUGGUUAAAGCCUCCAACAAAGCUCUGCUGAGUUGCUGCAAUCUGUCAGAGAGAAGCUGUGAAGCUCUGUCCUCAGUUCUCAGCUCCCAGUCCUCCAGUCUGAGACACCUGGACCUGAGUAACAAUGACCUGCGGGACUCAGGAGUGACGCUACUCUGUGCUGGACUUGGAAAUCCACAUUGUAGACUGGAGGUUCUCAGGCUGUCAGGCUGUCUGAUCACAAAGAAAGGCUGUGCUUCUCUCGCCUCCGCCCUGAGAUCCAACCCCCACCACCUGAAAGAGCUGGACCUGAGCUACAAUAAUCCAGGAGACUCAGGAGUGAAGUUGCUUUCCGAUGGACUGAUGGAUCCAAUCUGUAGACUUGAAACUCUGAGGCUGAAGUAUGGUGGAUCACAGACAAUGAAACCUGGUCUGGGGAAGUACGAAAAAGCGAAACCUGUACACCUCUUUUCUUUAUCUCUGAGACAUUUCAAGCCAUUUCUCACCAAGUGUCAGGAAACCUCCUUGAGAACGACCUCCUAGACCCCCAUUAGUCUGGAUUCAAGGCAGGCCAUUUCACCCAGACAGCCCUGCACUUGCAGUGGCAGAGGCACCAACCUGUUCUCGAUUCGAUCUCGUCAAAUAGAGCCGCUCCGGCAGUGCUUUCGGCGUACGAGCGUGACUCCAAAAGCCAUCUUCCUCAUCCAAGUGCACACGGCUGGAUGGCAUCAGAUGAGAACACAC